AUGGCCUCGCUGUCGGACCUGGCCGGCAUGGCGAACGCAAGCUUGUACGGUUUCAAGGACUACCACGGCGUGGACUACAUCGUCACAUCGGCGUGGUGUGGGCCGUGCGGGCGACACGCGGCUAGCGCUGGAGCUGCACCGCGCGGCGCCAGGGUGUCCAAGCUGCUGGUGCUGUCCAGCGUCGGCGGCGAGAAGGUGCUGCCCUGGGUGGUGUCCACCGCCGGGAACGUCAAGUGCUUCGACACCGUGUCGCUGAGCCAGAAGCUGUCGCUGCACUGCCACGCGCUCCACCCCAUCACGCUGCACUUCCUCUGCCUAAGGGACGCCGACGUCAAGAAGGCGGCGCCGCCGCCGCCUGUGCUCCUGCUGCCGUCGCCGCACGACGUGGCGGCGGACGACCUCGACGGGUCGGCUGGGGCUUGCCAGCAAGGACUCGAGGGACUCGUCGUUUAG